AUGGGACUGAGAAGCCUCGUCGUCGUUCCCCGCGGCUGGAAAGCUAGCGCCAGCCUGUUCACCUGCCUCUGCUUCACUGUCCUGGCUGUCAACUUCAGCGCCCUCAUCUGGGCGGUGACGACGACGACGACAACGACUGAUGGCGGCCUCAUCCUCCGCAAGGGCGCCAACGCUCAGCAAUGCGCCGCCAUCCAAGACCUCGACACCUGGGGCCACCUGGUCAUCAACAUGCUCAGCACCCUCCUCCUGAGCGGCAGCAACUUCUGCAUGCAAUGCCUCUCGGCACCCACGCGCGCCGACAUCAACGCCGCCCACCUGGCCGGCCGAUGGCUCGACGUGGGCGUCCCCAGCCUGCACAACCUGCGCUCCAUCCCGGGGAAGCGGCUGGUCCUGUGGCUCGCCCUGGGCGUGUCUUCGCUGCCCCUGCACCUGUUCUUCAACUCGGCCAUCUUCACCGCGACCACUGCCAACAACUAUGCCGUCUUCUCCGUCGACGAGGCUUUCCUCCAGUCGACCACGGCCACGGCCAGCCUCGACGGCUUCAACUACGCCGACGCGGGAUUCAUGCUUCGCAGCGGGUUUGACGCCUCCCGCCUGUCCAUCCCCAUCACCACCUUCGCCAACCUGUCCAUCCAGCUGCGUGACGCGGCCCGUCGCGGCGACCUCGACAACCUGACGGCCACGGACUGCAUCAGGGCCUACACCAAGGGCUUCCAAUCGCUCUACCGCAACGUGCUCCUCGUGUCCGACCCCGUCUCGGGCUUCGACUACGAGGCCCGAGACGGCCUCUUCUGGACGGACAAUGUCAACUACCUCAACUACGACAACGCCACCGACGUCGUCCCCUUUGUCUACGCCCGCUUCUACUCCGACUUCACCUGCGGCGGCUCUCAGCCCUUUGACUGGGUCUGUUCCGACAACGGCACGGCCACGGGAGUCUGCGACCGCGUGUGCGACGACCCGGCCGUUUUGAGCCAGGCCUUGUCCAACAAGACCUGGACGCCCUUUGGAGCCGAUGUGUCGUAUUGUCUGGCCGAGCCCUCGGAAGAGCAAUGCAGCCUGCAAUUCAGCGUGAGCAUUGCCAUUCUCGUGAUUGUUCUCAACCUGGUCAAAUUGACCGUCAUGGCUCUGACCGUCGUCUUCGCCUUCGACAAGGACGACCCUCCCUUGCUGACCAUGGGCGACGCCGUGGCUUCCUUCCUGGACAAGCCUGACGACACGUCUCAGGCCAUGUGCCUGGUUCCCGCGUCGCGGGUCAAGAAACUCGGCACCCGCCUCUGGCACCGCGACUCGGCCAAACGGAUCGUCGAAUACCCAGGCAACCUCUACCCCAGCUGGUCCCGCGCCGUCAGCCCACGGCGUUGGGUGGUUUGCCUGCUUCUGUACAUAGCCGCUCUAGCCACUGCUACCGGCUACCUCUCCACGGGCCUCCGAGCUAUGGUCGGUUCCAAAACCCUCUCGUCGCUGUGGUCGAUCGGGUUUGGUAGCCCCUCGGGCCGCACAUUGAUCACCAGCUCGGCCUCCGAGUCCGGCACCUCGUCGCUGAUUGCCAACGUCGUGCUGGCCAACACUCCCCAGCUGAUCCUCUCGUUGCUCUACUUCACCUACAACGGUCUGUUUACGUGUAUGCUCCUCGCGCACGAAUGGACAAGCUACUCCCUCAGCCGCAAAUCGCUACGCGUGUCCUCGUCCCGCCCCCAGGGCACCCAACGCUCGGGCUACUUCCUCCAACUGCCCUUCCGCUUCGGCCUUCCCUUGGUCCUGUUCAGCCUCAUGCUGCACUGGCUUGUCUCGCAAAGUCUCUUUGUCGUCAAUGUCACCAUGACCGACUAUACCGGUGCCGAAGUGACCCAAGCCCCUAAUUACAUUCGACACCUCGUGACGUGUGGAUACUCGCCCAUAGCCAUUCUUUUCGCCAUUGUCCUGGGCAGCCUGCUGGUCCUGGCGCUCUUGACCUUUGGGCUGGGCAUGAAGCUCAAGACGGGCAUGCCUAUUGCCGGGAGUUGCAGUCUGGCCAUCGCGGCGGCGUGUCAUCCUCACAACAAUACCAGCGCUUCCCCCCCUGCCGAUUCUUCCACCUCUGAAGCCGAGAAGAUCCCCGUAAAAAUCACGUCUCAUGAGCCCCUCAUGUGGGGAGAAGUCGAAUCAUUCUGGGAUAAUCGACUCCCUCCAACCACCGCCACCACCACCACACCCAGGCUGUCGAAACGGCCUAUCCACAAACCCGCCGUGUCAAAGGCCACUCACCUCGAAGACGACGAUUUCUCCGACAACAGUACCAUUCUCCAUGGCCAAGGCAAACGCCAGCAUGCGCACCAGCACCAGCACGGCGUAGAUGCUUCUGAGGAAAACUACAUAUAUGGUCCAAUUUCGACCAAGCGGAGCAAACAUACUGCCACCAACAACAACGGCAGCAGCAGCAGCAGCAGCGACAACUCGUCUUCAUCGACCCUCCUACUCUCCAGCACCGACCAAGACAGUCUCGGACACUGUGCCUUUUCUGCAGGCCCGGUGACGAUGCCGAUCAAGGGGCGUCUGUAUGCAUAA